UUGUCAAAACUACCAUUCCCUUUCCCUUUCCCUGUUAUCGUUUUAUGCUCCAUUCUCUCUCGCUUCUCUCUUUCGCUUCCACCGCAACACAACCCUUGUUGUUCUCUUCUCAGCACAGGAGGUUAUUGAAAAUAUGGCGAAGCAUCAUCCUGAUUUGAUUAUGUGCCGGAAGCAGCCAGGGAUUGCCAUUGGACGACUGUGUGAGAAAUGUGAUGGCAAAUGUGUGAUCUGUGACUCUUAUGUGCGCCCUUGUACACUUGUCCGAGUUUGUGAUGAAUGCAACUACGGAUCAUUUCAGGGUCGAUGUGUCAUAUGCGGUGGAGUUGGAAUAUCCGAUGCCUACUACUGCAAGGAAUGCACACAGCAGGAGAAAGAUAGAGAUGGUUGCCCCAAAAUUGUUAAUUUAGGGAGUGCCAAAACUGAUUUAUUUUAUGAGCGCAAAAAGUAUGGUUUUAAGAAAAGAUGAUCAGGGUCCGUAGAUUAUUAGGAUACAUUCUCAUCAAAUUAUAACAUGGAAAUUCUGCUACCUUCUCUACUUGUUGAGUGUGUGGGUUGUUUACCUCAUAACACCAUAACAGGACACUUUGUUGGUUUGAGUGCUAAGGUAGGUUAUUUCAUCAUGCAGGCUAGUUCUGCUGCUUCA